AAAAUUUGAUAUCCCGUACCGCCUCUAUUCAAAUUCAAAGAAUCUAAAAUCAAUGCAGGGAAACAUAUUCGAAUCCUUAUUGUUUUCUCGUGAGAUUAUAUCUUAAGUGUGCCUUAAGUUCAAAUAUGGUACAGCCACCUGUUUUUCAUCUGUUUUCUUGAACUAUUUAUGGUAUAACAUCUGUGUCUUAUUGUGGAAAGACUGGUGAAAAUGUUCUUGAUUUGAUACUUUAAAUUUUCUUUUUCUGCCUCGUGUUAGUGUCUGUCUCAUUAACAAGAUGGAGUAGAUGAAGUUGGGGGAUCGAAGGCGUAUUAUGUUAAGGCAAAGGCCAGAAUCACUGCACUUCUUUGCCCUUUCUGAUUGGCAAGUUGGAACUCCUUGUGUACAAUUAAUGAGAUGAGGAAACUAUUGAAACACGUUGCUGUAGCCCUGAUUAGAGAAUUAAUCCGGCAUUGCAGAUGGCGCAAAAUUGACUGGAGAAAGUUGUUUUUUGCUGGAGCAGUCAUGUCAAUAGCUGGUGUAGUACUUCCAACCUUGUUGUUUACUUAUCGCCGAAACAUCUGGUUCCUCCCUUCUCUUGUUAAUGAUUCAUCACACCAAUCUUUGAAUGGUUCCGUGCAUUUGAGCAACAACCUGACAGAGACAAGAUCGGAACGAUUUCAACUUCUUUCAACUGCUCCCUCUGUUUCAUUCAAUUCAUCUACUGAAGCGAAAGGAAGACAUAGAGUUUCUCGUAGAAGGCGAAAGAGAAGGCGGAGGAGUAAAAUCGACGAUGGACCACAGGUCAUAACUCCUCCUCCUCGUAGAACAGUAUCUCCACGCCUACAGAGAUACCUUCGGUCGUUGUCACCUGAUGAGUCUCUUCUGUACGCGAAAAAGGAAAUUGAGCAUGCACCAGCUGUAGAUAAUGAUGAUGAUUCUUAUCUGUAUGCUCCGGUAUUUCGGAAUGUCUCUAUUUUCGAAAGGAGCUGCGAGUUGAUGGAGAUGAUACUUAAAGUCUACAUUUACCCUGAUGGAGAGAAGCCCAUUUUCCAUGAACCUCAUCUUUUAGGUAUUUAUGCUUCUGAAGGAUGGUUUAUGAAGUUACUGGAGGCAGACAGGGAGUUUGUUACCCAAGACCCGAAAAAGGCUCAUCUGUUUUAUCUGCCGUAUAGUUCACGCCAGCUGGAGUUGGCACUUUAUGUGCCUAACUCACAUAAUCUGAGACCACUGUCAAUCUUCAUAAGGGACUAUGUGAACAUGAUUGCUGCAAAGUACCCUUUCUGGAACCGCACACAUGGGUCAGAUCAUUUUCUUGUUGCAUGCCAUGAUUGGGGUCCUUACACAACCUCUGCACACAAGGAGCUAAGAAAUAACACCAUAAAAGCCGUUUGCAAUGCUGACCUAUCUGAAAAUUUCAUUGCUGGAAAGGAUGUUUCUCUACCAGAAACCGCCAUAAGAAAUCCUGGUAGACCUCUUAGAUAUAUUGGUCGUGGGAACAGAGUUUCACAACGCCCGAUCCUUGCUUUCUUUGCUGGGAACAUGCAUGGCAGGGUCCGUCCCAAACUUCUCAAGUAUUGGCACAACAAAGAAGAAGACAUGAAAAUCUAUGGUCCUUUACCAAUUCGAGUUUCUAGAAAUAUGACUUACAUUCAGCAUAUGAAAUCAAGUAAAUAUUGUAUAUGCCCCAUGGGUUAUGAAGUGAACAGCCCUAGGAUUGUUGAGGCUAUAUAUUAUGAGUGUGUGCCAGUGAUUAUUGCAGAUAACUUUGUCCUACCUUUUAAUGAAGUCCUGGAUUGGAAUGCAUUUUCUGUGGUCGUGGCUGAAAAGGAUAUUCCAAAACUGAAGGAGAUUCUAUUGGCUAUUCCAUUGAGAAGAUACCUUAAAAUGCAAAUUAAUGUGAAGAUGGUGCAGAAGCAUUUUCUUUGGAAUCCAAGACCAAUGAGAUAUGAUCUGUUCCAUAUGAUACUACAUUCCAUUUGGUUUAACAGGCUGAACCAGAUCCAAAUCUCUCAGGACUAGCUAGUUUUUCUAUAGGGGAACAUUUUGCCAAGAAGAUGGAAGCUGAAAAGGGCCCAACCUCGUGACUAAGCAAGCAUCAGUUACCAUAAUUCGAAGGCUUAGCUGUCGAUGUGACAAAGAUUGCAACGGAAUGUUUAUUGCCUUGUGAACUGGUCUCAUGCUCAAGACUCAGUGAUUGGAGCUGGAAAGAGGAAUGAAAGUGCCGAUGCCAGAAUGAAAAUUGUUGAUACAGAGGUAUAGCUUAAUCAUUAAUCUGAAUUUCUUGGUACUUAAAUCUUCUAGUUCAUGGAUUAUGACGUUUAGCUUCGACUCUGGCAUUGAGUAAAUAGGAUCUGAUAUACCAGCACAAGGAUUAGAACCUACUCCCGCUUCUACUUUGGUAUAUUCCCUUUUGUGUUAGUUAUCAUACAUCAUCAUAAGAACCCCCUACAUCAGGAUAUGCAGCGAUGUAAUAGCAAAUAUAGCAAACAUAAAUAUCACUAUUUUCUGUAACAUUCAAUUUUUUUUAGUCAACUUCUGGAUAGUUUAUCAAAAUUUCUGAGUUGAAGUAGAUAAAUCUAGAAAACUUCAUAUUCUGCAAAUUAAUUAGUACUUUAUAAUACUUGAACCUUUA